AUGGAAAAGGAGCAGAAAAGGGGCAGCGCACGACUCGACAACGUGAGGGGUCGCGCUUGCGUCCUACGUUGCACUUUCGAGAAUGAGCGACUGCGACAAGGACGAGCGAAAUGUAGGGAAAUCGAAUCGAAAAAGCGGGAAAAAAAGAGGCGGCGGCCGACGCAAUCGGGUGACGACUGCAUGGGUGUCAGUGACUUGGCGGUGAUUGGUCACGAGACGCAGGCAGGCGGAGCCAACGCAGUGGCAAUUGACAAACACUCUGCACGUAUGGGCAAGCGCGCGCCUGUGAUGCCCGUCUCGGAGGCCGAGAAGCUCCUGGUGAGCGACGUUUUCCAGACGACCAAUGCAUCGAGCGAGACGAAACACAAUCGCAAGAAACAGCGUCCGAGCCCUCUCAGCGGGCCAAAGCUCCAGGCCGCGUGGGUGGACGAAGACGACGAGCACGUGCAGGUGAAUCUCGAGACGCAGCCGCAGCUGCGCAAGCACCGCAAGACUGAUCGGGACACGGUCGUGAGUGGCAAAGAGCUGCAGAGUCGCCUCAAGACGUUUCACCAAUCGGGACAUGGAACUGCAUUGUGGGCAGACCCUAAAAACUUCGUGGGCGAUCAGCUCGUGGACGGUAACGACAGUGACAAUGAAGACGAAGCCGAUCUCGUCCGUAGUACUGGCAAGAUGCUGUACUCGUCUAAUGAAGCGGUGCCCCAGGGGGAACUCGAGGUAGUUCGCAUGAAAGAUGCGAAUCAACACGCACCAUCGAAUGCUGUUGUGCAGUCGAUGCAGUUUCACCCAAAUGGACAGUUGAUGCUCACUGCAGGGUUGGACAAGACGCUGCGUCUUUUCCAAGUGGACGGCAGCAAGAAUGCAAAAGUCGAGAGUGUGUUCGUGAAGGACUUGCCUAUGAUGGACGCUAAGUUUACGCUGGGUGGUCAGCGUGCGGUUCUGACGGGACCUCGUCAGUACUUUUUCUCUUACGACAUUGAAGCGGGCAAGAUCACUAAGAUACUGGGCCUCUAUGGACGGAAAGAAAAGAAGCGCGAUACGUUUGUGGUCUCGGACGAUGGAGAGACGAUUGUGUUCGUGGGAAGUAAUGGCUACAUGGAUGUGGUGUCCGCCAAGUCGUACGAGUCGAUCGGAACUCUGAAGAUGAAUGGAGGGGCUCAAUCGGCAGCGUUUUGCGAAAAUGAUCGAUACCUGCUAAGCACCGGUUCAGAUGGACAAGUGUACAAGUGGGACAUGCGUACCCGGCGAUGUGUGUUUGUCCACGAUGAUGAGGGUAGUUUGGGCAAUCACGCUCUGGCGGCUGGCGGCAAGUACUACGCCGCCGGCUCGAAAAGUGGUGUGGUGAAUAUCUACGACAAUGCAGGUCCGACGGCUAUGCCGAAACCACGCAAGGCGUUGAUGCAUCUCACUACUCAGGUCGAUUGUCUCCAGUUCAACGCCAGCUCGGAGAUUCUGGCCAUGGCAUCAACUAGCACCAAGAACUCGCUAAAACUGGUCCAUAUGCCGUCGUUGACUGUUUUUGCCAACUGGCCGACAGCACACACGCCGUUGCACUACGUCUCGGCAAUGGACUUCAGUCCGAACAGCGGUUACUUUGCUGUUGGCAAUGCCAGAGGGCGUGUGCUUUUGUAUCGACUGACUCACUACAAGUCCACAUAG